AUUGUUUUAUUUACUAUUGCUUGUCAAUGCACUGGAACUAUCUUUAUAUGCAUAUCCCUUUAGUGAAUGUGCAUGCUCUCGACUAUACCUCUAAGUCUUUCAUAAGGUAACCAAAUCUUAGAUUUUUGGUAUCUCUUAGCAACGUUGAUUAUUGUUGAUAUGAAUUUUUCUAUUUGAAUUUAUAACACAGUCACUGAUUGUUCUAAGUAAUUACAAAUAGAGCUGCUGAAAUUCUUGGCCACAAGCGAGGUGAAAAAUUUGUGCACCCAAAUGACCAUGUGAACAGAUCACAAUCUUCUAAUGACACGUUCCCUACAGUGAUGCACAUUGCUGCUGCAACGGAAAUAAAUUUGAGAUUAAUACCAAACCUGAAAACUUUACAAACUUCAAUACAUUCCAAGUCAGUUGAAUUCAAAGAUAUUAUUAAAAUCGGACGUACUCACACCCAAGAUGCAACACCUUUGACUCUUGGGCAAGAAUUUAGUGGAUAUACCACACAGCAUGCUCUUUGGUUGUUGGUGAUAUAUGGUAUUGACCGAGUCAUGUGCACCCUACCUCGCAUGUAUCAGCUUGCACAGGGUGGCACUGCUGUGGGGACUGGAUUGAACACAAAAAAAGGGUUUGAUGUAAAGAUUGCUGCAGCAGUAGCAGAGGAAACAAACUUACCGUUUGUCACAGCAGAAAACAAAUUUGAAGCACUGGCUGCACAUGAUGCGUUUGUUGAAAGCAGUGGAGCCUUAAACACAAUUGUUGUUUCCCUUAUGAAGAUUGGGAAUGACAUACGGUUGUUAGGAAGUGGUCCACGUUGCGGCCUUGGUGAACUCAUUCUUCCUGAAAAUGAACCUGGCAGCAGUAUUAUGCCUGGGAAAGUUAACCCUACUCAGUGUGAAGCCCUUAGUAUGGUUUGCGCUCAGGUUAUGGGAAACCAUGUUGCCGUUACAGUGGGUGGAUCAAAUGGCCAUUUUGAGCUGAAUCUAUUCAAGCCUAUGAUUGCUAAUGCUCUUCUACAUUCGGUGAGAUUGCUUGGGGAUGCAUCUGCUUCUUUCGAAAAGAAUUGUGCGAGGGGAAUUCAAGCCAAUAGGGAACAGGUUUCAAAAUUACUGCAUGAGUCGCUAAUGCUUGUCACAUCUUUGAACCCUAAAAUUGGUUAUGACAACGCUGCAGCAGUUGCCAAGAAAGCCCACAAGGAUGGAAGCACUCUGAAGGAAGCUGCUCUAAAUCUUGGAGUGCUCACUAGUGAAGAGUUUGACCAACUUGUAGCGCCUGAAAAGAUGAUUGGUCCCUCAGACUAACCAGCUUGAUAAACUUUUAGGGUUUGCAAUGAUGUAACCAUUUUUGCACCCCUUCCCUCUAUCAGUUGGAGAGUAGGAAAUAAAAAUCCAAUGGUCAUUGUGUCUUUCUGAGAAAACGAUAUUCUUGAGGUUUUAUCUGUUCGGCUCUCAUCUUUUGGAUCCUUUUCAGUGACCUGGCUGUUGAUUGGGUUAAUAAGGAGAAAACCUCCCAC